CAAGUAUCAGGUGACAAUGAGGGAAAGUUGUUCACCACAAGCGGCAUAAAUCCUCACCAAAAACUGGAGGACAGGAGAAGAAGUGAGCAUGGCGAGUGAGAGGGACUCAGCGCAGAGCAGGGAGGAGGACUCGGCUGUCGGUUAUUACGACGAGGAAGACGACUUGGAGGCGUUCUCAGACACGGAGCUGGGCUGUGAGGACGGAGAGUUGGGCUUCACAAAUUCUCUGAAUGGAGAGGUCAAACCUCGUAUCCUGUUGAUGGGCCUGAGGAGGAGUGGGAAGUCUUCCAUCCAGAAGGUGGUUUUCCAUAAAAUGUCCCCCAACGAGACCCUGUUCUUGGAGAGCACCAACAAGAUCUGUAGAGAGGACGUCUCCAACAGCUCCUUCGUCAGCUUCCAGAUCUGGGACUUCCCCGGCCAGAUCGACUUCUUUGACCCCACCUUCGACUAUGAAAUGAUCUUCAGAGGCACCGGGGCACUCAUCUUUGUCAUUGAUUCACAGGAUGACUAUGUGGAGGCUCUGAAUAGACUGCACCUCACGGUGACCAGGGCCUACGCAGUCAACCCAGACAUCAACUUCGAGGUGUUCAUUCACAAAGUGGAUGGCCUGUCAGACGACCAUAAGAUCGAGAAGCAGAGGGACAUCCACAAACGAGCCAACGAUGACCAAGUGGAUGCAGGCCUGGAGCGAAUACACCUGAGCUUCUAUUUAACCAGUAUAUACGAUCACUCCAUAUUCGAGGCGUUCAGUAAAGUGGUCCAGAAGCUCAUUCCACAGCUGCCCACGCUGGAGAACCUGCUCAACAUCUUCAUAUCUAACUCGGGUAUUGAGAAGGCCUUCCUGUUCGAUGUGGUCAGUAAGAUUUACAUUGCCACAGACAGCAGUCCAGUGGACAUGCAGACAUAUGAGCUGUGUUGUGACAUGAUCGAUGUGGUCAUUGACAUCUCCUGCGUCUACGGUCUCACCGACAGUGAAGCUGGUUUACCCUAUGACAAGGAGUCUAUGGCCAUCAUCCACCUGAACAACACUACAGUCAUGUACCUGAAGGAGGUCACCAAGUUCCUCGCCAUGGUCUGCUUCCUCCGCAAGGAAAGCUUUGAGAGGAAAGGACUGAUUGACUACAACUUCCACUGCUUCAAGAAGGCCAUCCAGGAGGUGUUUGAUGUUCGAGUUCAGGUUCAACAAAACCGUAAACUCCUCAGUCAGAGGAGGUGGAGCAAACUCUCUAUGACCAAUGGAGUGCUGAGCAACCCCCACUGAUGACAUCACAUCAGACAGCCAAAUGAACCCUGACACAUCCUGGAGACUCCGUCCUGGUCCAGGUGAUCCUCUGAGGCUCCUGGAUCUGCUUGAUCAUGUUUCGUUUUUUUAUCUUGCUGGGAAACUCAAUCCACAUCAAAUCCACAUCAAAUCCACCUCCAUCGUCUCUGUCCUCAGAAGCAGUUUGUCUACAGCACAGAGGACAAUCUUUCAUUUGAUCUGGAGGACUUUUUCUACACAGUCUUUUGAGUAGACUCAACAAGAAGUACAUGCAGAUUCAGUGACUUUAUCUCUCUGUAGCAGGCGGCAGCAAUGUGCGUCCCAUCAAUCCUUAUACCGUUAAUAAGUAAACUCAUAAACAGCAAGUUAUUUCCUGAUUUGAUUUGCAAAUUAAGAGAUUUUAGUCAGAAAAAUGUGAUGUGUAUAUAAUAUAAAAUGACUAUGUAUAAUAUGUUUCGUUUGAUAUUCUAUGAAACAGUCCAUAAACACUUUCUUUAUUUCAUGUGAGUUAACAUUGUUGGUUAAUGAUGCUAAAACCUACUGUAUAUCUGACUCAAUCUAAUAGGCAUUAUUGCAAUACAACCCUAAAAUUAACACAUUUACCAGACUUUUACUCAAGUACACUGAAAAGCUUCAUUUCAUCAGGACUUAAAACUUUUUUUUAGGAAAAGUGGGGUUAUUUUUACAUUCAUUUAAAUGUUCUGAAACAUGUUUCACCCCCCAUCAGCAAUAAUUACAUCUGAUAUGACCUGCUGUUCUUCCCGAAACUCUGGUUUUCCUGUUUUUACAUUAUUCAGGGUAACUUUAUUAACAGCUUAAAUGUCAUUCAACAGAAUUGUUCAUUACAUAAAAUAAUAUGCAAUAAUACACCAUAUCCUAAUAAAGACAACAUCCUUUGGCUAAAUUGAUCACUUUUACUGUCCAAUUCGAAUGUAUAUUUACAACAAAUCACAGCUUUAUAAAAAAUGUCAUAUCUAUAAUUCAAAUCUAGGAACGUGGUCAGCUGCACCUCACCACUGAGCAUGUUUCUGCUUCCUCCCUGCUCAAGAGUUCUGAUAGUAUUUUCAAAAAUGUUAAUGAAGGCGACCCGGGACUGUAUCCACUCGGGUUUGGAGGUUUUUCUCUUGUAUUUAUUUUAGGCCAGCCUUUAACCUGUUAAGCCGAGAGACCCCGGCAACAUCUUGCAGGAAACAGUGUCAGAGGGCAUGUUCAUUUCAUAAACUAUGAAUGUUUUAUAUCCAUGUAACGGAAAGAAACUCAGCUAACUGAUCUUUUUUUUCCUUUUCUUUUUUUUAAAAACCCACAAUGCUAACUCUGAAUUAGCAACCAGCGAAAAAUGCUAACAGAUUUACUGCACCGAAACUCACUCAUAAAACCUUAUUAUUUAUCCAUUCUGCACAUCCAACCCAUCGAUCUGAUCGUGAGAUGACACAGAAUCGAUGGGUACCGACAUUAUCACUCAAUGAUAUGAACUCGAGAAUUUAUCAACAAAAACAGACAUCAAAAAAUGUGGCAAGUAAAAAAAAAAGGAUAAUUAUAGUUUUUUUUAUUAAAA